AUGGAGAAUCCACAAAAUAUUGUCAAGUAUGUAUUUAAUGAAGCAAUUAAACAAUUAUUUCCAGAGUUUGAUAAGGAAGCAAUCGUAGCAAUAUCAAAUCCAAACUUUGGGGAUUAUCAAUGUAAUAGCUGUAUGAAUAUUUUCUCUCAAUUUAAAGGUCAAUUAGAGGGAGUAAAAAGCCCAAGAGAUAUUGGAAUGAAAGUAAAAGAGUAUAUUGAAAAAAAAGUUGAUUUAUCUAUAUAUUUUAAAUCCAUAGAGGUGGCACCACAAGGAUUUAUUACUGUAAAACUAUCUGAUGAAUUUAUUUAUAAUAAAUUGUCUAUACUACAGGAAAUGGAUGAAGUAAAGGUAAUUUCAACAAUGAAAUAUCACUGUAAGAAUGGAAGGAAGAAUCCAAAAGUAGUCAUUGAUUUUUCAUCACCAAAUAUUGCAAAAGAAAUGCAUGUAGGGCAUUUGAGAUCUACAAUCAUUGGUGAUACAAUAUCUAGGAUUUUGGAAUACUUGGAAUUUGAGGUUUUAAGAAUUAAUCAUGUUGGAGAUUGGGGUACUCAAUUUGGGAUGCUUAUUGAAUAUUUAAGAGAGGAAUAUCCUAACUUUGUCGAAAAUUUGCCAGAAAUCUCAGAUUUGCAAGAAUUUUAUAAGAACUCAAAGAAAAGAUUUGAUACUGAUCCACAAUUUAAGUUAAGGAGUCAACAAAAUGUUGUUAAGUUACAAGGAGGUGACCAGGAUGCCUUAAUUGCCUGGAAAAAGAUUUGUGAAGUUAGUCGUAUUGAAUUUCAGAAAAUAUAUGACAGGCUUAACAUCCGCCUUGAAGAAUAUGGUGAAAGCUAUUACAAUGAUAUGAUUCCUGGAGUAGUUAAAAUGUUGGAUGAGAAAGGAAUCCUUAAAUUAGAUGAAGGAGCUCAGUGUGUUUAUACUAAGGUUAAUGAAAUACCUUUAAUGGCAGUUAAAAGUGAUGGAGGGUAUGGGUAUGAUUCAACAGAUUUGGCCUCAAUUCAUUACAGAUUAAAGACUUUAGAUGCUGAUUGGGUUAUUUAUACUACCGAUGUAGGCCAAGAGGAACACUUUUUAAAACUUUUCGAUGUUGCUGAGACUAUGGGAUGGCAUAAUCCUCCAAAUACAAGGCUAUUUUUCAUAGGAUUUGGGGUUAUACAAGGAGAAGAUGGAAAAAAGUUUAAAACAAGAAGUGGAGAUGUUGUCAAACUAACUGAACUUAUUGAUGAAGGUGUUUCUAGAGCAAGAAAAGAGUUAGUAGAAAGGAGGAACCAAAGAAGGUCUGAGCAAGAAUCUACAUCCAAUACAGAAAUUGACAUUUGCAAUCAGGAUCUUGAUGAUUCCAACUUAGAUUUAAUGGCAAGUACUAUUGGGCAUGCUGCUAUUAAGUACUUUGACUUGAAGCAAAACAGAUUGACUAAUUAUAAGUUUUCUUUUGAUAGAAUGUUGGAUCCCAAAGGUAAUACAGCAGUUUACUUACUAUAUGCAUAUGCAAGAAUUUGUGCAAUCUUUAGAAAAGUUGAGUUCAUUCAAUCUGAUGAUAAUGCGAUAAUAAAACAAAAGGUUUUGCAAUUUAAAGUAAAAAUGACUAAUAAUAUUGAAAGAGGACUAGCUAUUCAGAUUAUUAGAUUCCCAGAAGUUUUUGAUGGGAUUUUGAAUGAUUUCUUUCCAAACAGACUUACAGAUUACUGCUAUGAGUUAUCUGAGAUCUUUGCCCAAUUUUACACUGAAUGCAGAAUUAUUGGAUUAGAAGACCAAGAGCUUGAACAAAGCAGACUUUUGCUUUGUUUCUUGACUAAGCAAAUCCUUUUUAAAGGACUUAACUUGUUGGGAAUUGAAACUUUGGAAAAGAUCUAA